GUAAGGUUUUGUUCGGGAAAGACGAAAGCCAAUCCCUAAAAAUCCUUCCAGUUUUAAAUUCUUGAGGGGAGUUUUUAAUUUUCCCUCCGUCACACAUAAGAGUGGCUUGGAAAUGAGGUUUCUUAGCCUGGCAAGCCAAAUGAAACUUCCAUGUUCUGAAGCAGUAUAUCUCUCACUACCUGUUGCUGGUAGACGAGGACGUGAGAAAUUCUUGGCUUCCUGGAGGCAAUUAGAUCACGUUGGUUGGGACUAGAGUGGCAUCUGCUUUGGUUACCAAAGGCUGAGCUGGGUUUGGGACUUGUUGACAAAGGUCCUGUUGCUUUGCUUUGAGGAUUAUUGGGAAGUGGAGUCCUUGACCUGAGAACUAAACAACACAAUCACUGAUAUUUAAACAAAGCUAUGGCGAUAACAAGGGAUGGUGCUGAUUACGCUGCAAUUUUCUUGUGAAGUGAAGAACAACAGUAUUCUUUCCAUUUUAAUAACUGACUUGCUCAAGGAUUUCUCAGCAGAUGAUGAUUCAAACUGACUGCUUGAAUCAAAUACUUCAGUUGCUAUUAAAAAAAAGGAAACCUAUUUCUUUCUCUGGCUGAAAUAUUUCUGUCUUUCAGUUGCAGCAUUGUUUGCUGACAGUCUCAUCUUUCUAUUGGAACUUGUACAAUUGUUGUAGGCCAUGGCAGGUCGACGUCCUAAUGGGCCAACUAUAGGCAAGAUCUGUCAGUUUAAAUUGGUGCUCCUGGGAGAGUCAGCUGUUGGGAAAUCAAGCCUUGUCUUGCGCUUUGUAAAAGGACAGUUUCAUGAGUAUCAAGAGAGCACAAUCGGAGCUGCUUUCCUCACACAAACCAUUUGCUUAGAUGAUACAACAGUCAAGUUUGAAAUCUGGGAUACAGCUGGACAGGAGCGCUACCACAGCUUGGCCCCCAUGUAUUAUCGAGGGGCUCAAGCUGCCAUAGUUGUUUAUGAUAUCACUAAUAUGGAUACCUUUGUGCGUGCCAAGAAUUGGGUGAAGGAACUACAAAGGCAAGCUAGCGCUAGCAUUGUCAUUGCCCUGGCAGGGAACAAGGCUGACCUGGCAAGCAAACGAGCUGUUGACUUCCAGGAAGCCCAGCUCUAUGCAGAGGACAACAGCUUGCUGUUUAUGGAAACAUCAGCGAAGACAGCAAUGAAUGUGAAUGAGGCUUUUGUGGCAAUAGCAAAGAAACUUCCCAGGAAUGAACCACAGAGUGCAACAGGAACAGCAGGCAAGAAUCUAAAUGUCAACCUCCACGAGAAUACCCAGUCCAGCAAGGGGCAAUGUUGCAGCCACUAAGGAUUCUUGUCUGGCAGCUCCAAUUGGAACAUGUCUGAAUCAAUUGCACUUACAGAAGACCAGCUGCCAGGAUCUUUUUCCUUUCUCCUCCUCCACUGAGAUUUUUUCCCCCUCAUAGAAUGGGGGAGGGGAGCAUAGCAGAGGCCAUUCCUUUUCUGAACAAACAAUAGAUUUGUUUUUUUAAGGAGUCCUUUUUUAAAAUACAGAUGAACAAUGGCACUCUUCUACAUCUUUGUGGGUGGACAAUGUGUGCUUUCAAAACCUUGAUCCCUCUUCCUUUCUGCCUUUUAUUUUCUGAAGGGAUUUAUACUCUUGCAUUUGCUCAGAGCUCUCUGGAAGAAGGGACAUCCUUUCCUGAGACAAAAUAUGUCUAUAACAUCUGCUUGGUGAUCCCAAGCUGAUAGGGUUGUACCCUAAAGAAAAAUACAAGUUAUAGCCAGGGGAGGCUACAUAAAAUAGGAAUGAGUUGCAGAAAUACUAUGCACAUUUUUCUUUGAAAUUUUGGUUCAGAAAUGACAUACAAAUCUGUAAAAGACUGUUACAGAAACCUGAAGGUAACAGUGAAUUGAAGCUGUAGCAUUGAUAGAUUGAGAGAAACCCAUAGCCUCUAAGCUUUGUAUUGAUCAAAUUUGUAAUUAUGAAUGUUUUUAAAGAACAAUAGAAAGCUGAUUUUCCUCUUUUGUAUUAUAGUUUCCAGCAUUUAACAAAUCAGUAUCUUUUAAUAACAUAUACCAAUUAGUCCUUUAUCCUUCUUAGGUUUAAUUGGGCUUUUGGUAUGCCAAAUCUACAUUAACCUAUUAUUUACAUAUUGGGUCUAAUGCACUAAUUCAGCCUGUUAAAUAUAUAAAAUGAUCAUUUUUUACAAGCAACAUUAUGCUAUUAGUAAUCCUAUCAGGAUGUGGGUGUAUCAGCGAAACAGGUUGGUAGAGUGUAUUCAAGCUGGGGCGGGGAGCAAUGAUAGGUAUUUUCAUAUACACAACAUUACCAAUAUUGGUAAUGCAAAAGGGGUUUUGUUUCUGAGCUAGUGUCCAGGGCAAUUUUUGUCUUAUGCAUAUUUGUAUUUAAGACAGUACAUCAGUCUCUUCAAUUCAAAGCUCCAGUUGUGUAUGAAUUAAAAAAUAAAUUUUUAUAAGUCGUGUUGAA